GCCGCCAACGAAGAAGAACGAGGCAGCGAUUAAAACAUUCGUUUAUAAAAAAAAAAAUUUUCAAGUUUGCAGCUCGUGACAGUGUUCCUGCCUCAAUGGAACUAAUUUAGUCUAAAUUUAUACCAACAUUACAGGGCGCUGCAUUUAGUCAAAGCUUUUAUCUGGCUCUUGUUAGUGUGUUAGCCAAAGAUAAACAACAUCAAAAGAUCAGCUAGCCAAGCCACUAGCUUUAGUUAGCUCGCCGUUAAGUCAGCUUUCGUCGGGAAUUUCGACGCCGUGUCAUUUUGUCAGUUUUAGUGAUAGUAUCGUGUAUCAUUAAGGAACCCAAACAUGUCGGAUGAUUAUGAAUUCAGCGACGAUACGACUAUGAUGAGAAUGGAGGAGGACGGAGAGGCGAACAGCGAUGACCCGAUGUCCGCGGCCGGGGACAGUGGCCUGAUGGGGGGCGAGGCAGAAGGAUCCAGAAUCGACGCCAGCAAGAACGAGGAGGACGAAGGGAAGAUGUUUGUCGGGGGGCUCAGCUGGGACACGACCAAGAAGGACCUGAAAGAUUACUUCUCAAAGUUCGGGGAGGUGGUGGACUGCACUCUGAAGCUGGACCCCAUGACCGGACGCUCGAGAGGAUUUGGCUUUGUGCUCUUCAAAGAGCCAGACAGUGUCGAUAAGGUUGUCUCGCAAAAGGAACAUAAACUCAACGGGAAGGUCAUUGACCCCAAAAGAGCCAAGGCCAUGAAGAGCAAAGAGCCUGUGAAGAAGAUCUUUGUGGGCGGCCUCUCUCCAGACACUCCUGAAGAGAAAGUCCGAGAGUACUUUGAUGCCUUCGGAGAGGUGGAGUCGAUUGAACUUCCCAUGGAGAACAAAACAAACAAAAGGAGAGGCUUCUGCUUCAUCACGUUUAAAGAGGAGGAACCGGUAAAGUUGAUCAUGGAGAAAAAGUACCACAACAUUGGAUUAAGUAAGUGUGAGAUCAAGGUGGCGAUGUCUAAAGAGCAGUACCAGCAGCAGCAGUACUGGGGAGGCAGAGGUGGAUACUCAUCCCGGUCGAGAGGAAGAGGUGGUGGUCCCAAUCAGAAUUGGAACCAGGGUUAUGGCAACUACUGGAAUCAAGGCUACGGAAAUUAUGGCAACUAUGGUUACAAUAACCAAGGGUAUGGAGGAUAUGGUGGAUGUGAUUACUCUGGUUACAACAACUACUACGGAUACGGUGACUACGACACAGAUCAAUCUGGUGGAUAUGGCAAGUCGCCACGGCGCAUCGGUCACACCAACAGUUACAAGCCAUAUUAAUGGGAGAAACCCUCAUCGUCAAGUAGCGGAGCUUCCUUGCAGGCCAUGAGCUGACUCCCAGAUACUCUCAGGGCCCGCUCAAUGCGGACUGGGUACGAGAAGCAUACGCUCUCGAUUGCUGCCAUUUGGUAUGGUCUUACAACAUCCUGUAUCAGCAUUUCUAAACUAAACAGUAUGGGACACGUCCAGCUUUGUCAUCUUUCUUUCCAUUUUAAUUUCUUUGCAACUGUAUGUAAUGUAAACGUAAAAUAUACACAUGUAAUUGUCAUUUUUUACAGGCCCUUACUCCCCCACAAGUAAUGAUUUGUAAAUAUGACAAAAAUAACUAUUUGCUUUUCAAAGGAUACGUACAGCAUUCUCUGGACUUUCCAGUUCCUAUUGUUAAUAUAUGCAUUUCUAAUCUUAAUCUAAAAUGCUUGUUUCUUUAUUUAGCUCUUGUAGCCUCUAGUCCAUGAGCUAAAUCCUGGUUCGUAUUUGGACUCUUCUGUGAUGGGGGAUAAAGUGCUUUACUUUGUGUAUAUGUAUUGUUCUGUUUUUUUUUUACUGACAGUGAUGGAAAAGACUCCUCUUUUCUCAAUUUUCCUGUAACAAAUUUUCCUCUUAUAAGCUUUUGUAAAACAAGAAGAAGCCUUAAGUGUCACAACAUCUCCAGUAAUUUGCAUGUAAUGCUGUCUUUCAAUGUGUAUUUUUGACCGGCCGAAGGUUUCUUCCAUUUAGUAUUUUUGGCUUUGACUUCUUCAAUUUAUUGCACUUCAGGAUUUCUAGCUUAUGGACUAACUUUUUUUUUUAAACUGUAAAAUGUUAAAUAAUUGUUCUCAGUUUGUUUUUUCUUAUUGUUUCUUUUACACUAGACAUUUUAAACACGGGGGAUUCCAACUUUAUUGCAAUUUCACCUGCCUUUUGUUUGACUACAGCUGAUUUGUUUCUGUUUGUUUUCCAUAGGUUUCAGAGUGAUGAAAGUCUGCAGUUCACUGGCGGUUCAUUGGCCAAAGAGAUGAUGGUAUCCAGCAAAGGUCACACAAUUGAUUGUAAGAAAGUAUAUGAAGAACACUAUGACCUACGUUCUAUUUCCUCUAUAUAUUUACCAGAGUAUUUGUUGUAUCCUAAAAGUUUUGGAUUUGAAUGUUUUGCAUUCAUUUAGUUUGCUGCAAAGUUUUAGCAGUUCCUCGUUCCUUUCUGCUUUUGUAUUUAAUGUUGUCUAUUGCUAUUUGUGAAUUGUUUGAGUUAUCCCAUAACUGAGAGUUUAGAUUGGUCGGAGCAGAUCAUGCAUAUAUUCACGUACAGUGGCAGCAGAGAUAAAAGUGCUUUGUUAUGCCAGUAUGUUCUGAUUAUCAUAGGCAUCAGUCAUAUAUUACAUUUAUUACAGAGUUUGACAGUCAUUAACAUACAGUAUAUAUAUAUAUAUAUAUAUACACACACAGUGUCUUGGACAUAAAGAAAUGUGACAAAUAAAAUAAUAAACACUUA